GCCGGGUCCGCUUGCCAGGCUGCGCGCUUGGCUGGCCCGGCCUGAGUCACCGCGCAGAGCUGACCUGGCGGAACCGUACGCCGACCUACAUCGGACUGCGCGGGCGGAGCUCGGAGCUGGGGGAGACAUCGCGGGGCAGCCGAGAGCCGCAGGCAGAGCUGCGAGCAUCGGGGUGGGAGUGGGGGGUCACUGUAGACGCGGGAAGUGAGCUUGCUCGGCUUGCCUUAAAAUAGGGCUGGAGUUUGAAAAGUGGGUCCCCACCCCGCGCCCCGGCUGCCCUGUUCUGGGAGCUGUCGGCCCGCGGGGCAUCCGAGGAGCCUGCUCCCGCAGAGGUCGGCCCUGUGCCUCGCUGUAAUUGCAAGACUGUAAUCGCGGAAAAAAAACAAAAAACGCGACUUACUCAAGCAAUAUGAAAGUUUACUUUGUCGAACCUGCCGUUUUCCUUCAUGCGUUUGUUAUGAGUUUAAACGCCCCACUGACAACACAGUAUGUGUAUAAGAGAAUAUGGGAAGAAACGGGCAACUACAGUUUUGCAUUUCACAACAAUAUUUCUGAGUGCGGACACAACGAAAGCAGCCCACUUUUUGCAUUCCAGAAGGCCGUUCAGAAAAAAGCGUCUCUUUUUAGUCUGCAGCUGGAUAUAAGUGGGUUAAUUCCUAGUAUGGUGUCCACAUUCCUACUUUUGUCUAGUAGUGAUCAGCGUGGACGAAAAUUCCCCAUGAUUUUAUCUUCUAUUGGUAUUCUUGUAACUAAUGUAUGGCUGUGUUUGCUUUCCUAUUUUGCUCUUCCAUUCCAGCUUUUGAUUGCCUCUACCUUUAUUAGUGCUUUUUUUGGGAAUUUCAGCACAUUUUGGGCAGCUUGUUUUGCCUAUGUAGUUGAUCAGUGUAAAGAAAACAAGCAAAAAACACUUCGAAUAGCCAUAGUUGACUGCACGGUUGGAAUUGUUUCUGGACUAACCGGAUUGUCGUCUGGCUAUUUUAUUAGACAGCUAGGUUUUGUGUGGUCAUUUUUAAUUAUUGCUAUAGCUGUUGCUAUUAGUUUGGUCUAUAUUGUGUUUUUUCUUGGAGAUUCACUGAAAGAGUCUUCAUUGCAGAAUGUUAGUAUGUCAUGUAUGGAAAGCUGUAAGAGCCAUUGUCAGCGAACAUACAUGCUUUUUAAAAAUGCUACUGGAAGGCAGCGAUCUUUGCUCUGUUUGUUACUUUCCACAAUGGUCAUUUAUUUUUUUGUGACAGUUGGCAUAUCCCCUGUUCUUAUCCUUUAUGAAUUGGGUUCCCCACUCUGCUGGGAUGAAGUUCUUAUAGGGUAUGGAUCAGCUUCGGAUAGUGUCUCCUUUUUUACUAGUUUCCUUGGAAUAUGGCUUUUUUCUUAUUGCAUGGAAGACAUUUAUAUCGCCUUCAUUGGAAUUUUUACCACCAUGGGAGGAAUAAUUAUGACUGCUUUUGCCAAAACCACACUGAUGAUGUUUCUAGUCAGAGUGCUGCACUUCUUUGUGAUUGCACCGCUGUCUGUUUUGCGAUCCUUGAUGUCAAGAGAGGUGCCUUCUACUGAACAAGGUACUCUGUUCGCUUGUAUUGCAUUCCUAGAGACGCUUGGUGGAGUCAUUGCAAUGUCUGCAUUUAAUGGAAUUUAUUCAGUCACUGUUGCUUGGUAUCCUGGCUUCGUUUUUUUGCUGUCUGCUGGUAUAUUACUCAUUCCAGUGAUCAACCUAUGUGCUGCCAAGUGUAUCAGCUGCAAACAGGGCAGCUACACGGCUCUUGCACAGAAAGAGCCCAGAGAAGACACUGCAGACAGCUGACUGGGAACCUCCUGGGACACACAGUACUUCCUGAGGACUACACAUAAACUGGAAUCAGUGCUUCGUUAAUGAUUCGUGUUGGCAUUGUCCUCCUUUCCCCUAGACAGAACAGAAUCAGAGCCUGGCUUUCACUCCUUCCAGUGCUUUGGCACUGUGAGGACUUUUGUGCUUACCCCGCAGUAUGUUUACAAUACACCAAGAAACAAAUCUAAGAAAACUUCUUAGGCUUGGACUUAAAGACUUAGACUUGGACUGAAACUAAAAAGUACAAAGAGGGAUUAAGAAACUUUAAUAAGGUCAAAAGUAAUAAUCUCACUGACCCACUCCAGUCUCUCUGCAGGGAAACCAGGGAGAACUCCUUUACCUCACCUGCAAAACGGGUUUCUGACCACUGUCAGGGCAUUCGAAAGUAUAAUGAAAACUGACUGGUAUAAAAAUAAUGAUUUAAGUUUCAGGUAUUUAUAAUAUGAUUUCACCUAUCCUUGAGGAAUGCUUUGAUUAAGCCCAUCAAGGUACUAAUGACAGUCAUAUCUCUUAAUAGAUAAAAUCCUUAAAAGAGAAGCACUUUAAAGAAUAAACACUUCCUAAUUUGUUUCAUCAGGGUCAAGCCCAGUAUUUUUAUAUGUAACAGGUGAUUAAGAAAAAAUAUUAUAAAUAAAACUGCCUUAAGGAAAAUUUAAAACUCUA